CAGUUCCUUCGCGUGGCAGUUGCAACUGUGAGAACCGAAAACAAAACCCGAAUAUCGAAUAAAUUAACUUUCGUAUUAAUUAUUCGUUGUUUUACCCUUAUGGCUAACGUAAUGAAUGGUGAUCAACCCAAUACAAAAAAGAUCUUGUGAAUGGUUAACUUCUUUUUUGAUUAAGUAAACAUGAAGAAUUUGAUGAUAGUGCCCCUUCGAUAUCUAUGCUUUCGUAAAUCAUCAAUUACAUCAGUUACUUCUUACAUGAGAUCAUUAUCUCUCUUUUCUGUUGAGGUUCCAAAAAAGAAGGGGACACAAGGUUCUAAUACUGAACAUGAAGCUGAAGGUCAGCAGAAAUUUGUACUUAAGACUGCAAAGGGAACGCGGGAUUAUGGACCUGUUCAAAUGGCUGUUAAAGAAAAAGCUUUUUCCAAAAUUAUUAAAUGUUUCAAAAGACAUGGUGCGGAAACUAUAGAUACACCAGUAUUUGAACUUAAAGAAACUUUAACUGGGAAAUAUGGAGAAGACAGCAAGCUCAUCUUUGACUUGGCAGACCAAGGAGGAGAAAUACUGUCUUUGAGAUAUGAUUUGACUGUUCCAUUUGCUCGCUACCUGGCAAUGAAUAAAAUUACUAAUUUCAAAAGAUAUCAUAUAGGAAAAGUGUACAGGAGAGAUAACCCAUCUAUGUCCAAAGGUCGUUACAGAGAGUUUUAUCAAUGUGAUUUCGAUAUUGCUGGACAGUACAAUGACAUGGUGCCUGAUGUAGAAUGUGUUCGUAUUAUGAAAGAAAUCCUUUCAGAGCUUGAUAUUGGAGACUAUGUUAUUAAAGUUAAUCACAGACAAAUUUUAGAUGGAAUGUUUGAUGUUUGUGGUGUUCCUGCUGAUAAAUUCCGAACUAUAUGCUCCUCAGUUGAUAAAUUAGAUAAGACUCCUUGGGAAGAGGUUAGAGAAGAAAUGAUAAAUGAAAAGCAUCUAGAUGAAAGUGUGGCUGACAAAAUUGGAGAUUUUGUCAAGAAGCAUGGUGGUGCAGAACUAGUUGAUGAAUUGCAGAAAUGUGAGUCACUUGCUCAAAAUAAGUUUGCUGCUCAAGGCUUGGAAUCUAUGAAGCUAUUUUUUACCUAUUGUGAACUCUACAAUGUGUUAGAUAAAGUAUCAUUUGAUUUGAGUCUAGCCAGAGGUCUCGAUUAUUACACUGGUAUCAUUUUUGAAGCAGUCUUGAAAAGCCAACCUGUUGAGGUGGUAGAUGAGAAUGGAGAAUCCACCAGUAUUGGUAGCAUUGCUGGAGGUGGGAGAUAUGAUAAUUUAGUUGGAAUGUUUGAUGCCAAAAAUAAAAAUGUACCAUGUGUAGGCAUGAGUAUUGGAAUUGAACGAAUCUUUUCUUUGAUGGAAGCAAAACUUCAAGCCAAUGGUAAAAAAAUCCGAAGCACAGAGACUGAAGUAUAUGUAGCUACAGCCCAGAAAAAGUUAGCACACCACAGAAUGAAAUUGUGUCGAGAAUUGUGGGAUGCUGACAUAAAAGCUGAACAAUCGUAUAAACUAAAUCCUAAGCUGUUAGACCAACUUCAAUAUUGUGAAGCUCGAGGCAUUCCAUUGGCAAUUAUUCUUGGGGAAUCGGAAGUGCAAAGAGCUGUUGUAAAAGUGCGAAAUGUGGAGACAAGGGAAGAGAUGGAAGUGUCUCAAGCUGAAUUGAUUAAGUUCCUCAAAGAGCGAAGGACUGCCAAUGAAGAUUGAGUGAUGAUCUGCAUGUAUUUAUUUCCUAUUUAUUUGCCUUCUAGGACAUUUUAUGUGGCUGUGCAACUUCGAUUAAUAGGUGUAAUAUUUCAUUACUUUGUAAGUUUUUGCUACUCUAAAAUCAAUAUAAAUUGUGUUAAUAAUUAGUGUCAAAAAUUUUCAAAACAGUAAUAUUAUAAUAAUUUUCACAUAGUGGAAAAAAUAAGCAGUUUAAAGAGCUAUUAUUUUACAUUUCGAUUAUUAUCCUUGCUAAAAACAAUAAUUAUUGAAUGUUAAUUUUUAAAUAUAUUUGGCACUUUCACAUCCAUGAGGAUAAAAAUUUUCAAUUGUAUUAUUGAAUGUUGCACAUAUUUAAAUAAGAGCUAGAAUCGACUAAGUCUUUAUACUUAAUACCUAAUGUUUUAUGAAGCUUAAUAUCAAAUGCAGACAAAGUCUAUUUUUAUACUUGUAAUUAAAACUUAAAAGUGUAAAUAAUAGUUUUUCAAUAAAUGGGGAAAGUUAAAUGUAUAUUUCUUUUCAUUUCAGCUUGUAAAUUUAAACUUUUAUUAAGAUUAAAACUUUAAAUAUAUAUAUAUAUAUAAUGACUAUUUCACUUGAAAAAUAUGCCAAAGAGUUUUUCAUUUCUUUGAAGUUUCCUAAUUUUUGUACAUCUUUAUAUAUAUAUAUAUAUAUUUGUAUAUGUUUUAAUAUAUAAUUUGUAAAAUGCAUGUUUUUAAUUUCCUCUAUAUAAAUAAUAAUUUUAUAGUUUUUGUCUAUGAAAUUACUUUAAUAAUCGUUUGUGAUUUUAAAAGUACAUUUUGAAUAUUCAGAUAUCUUGUUUAACAUAAAACAUAAUAAUUUUAUGAAUCAUUUUAUGUUUGUAAAUGUAUUGUUUUCAUAUUAUAUUUUGCUUUUGAACAUUUUAAGAUAAUAUGCUAUAAUUUUCUAGAUCUAUAUAUUGUUGAUAUAAUUUGGCACAUAAUAUCAAAUGCAGACAAAUAAUGUAUUAGAUAUGAGAAGGCAUGUGAAAAUAUUGCAAAUGAUCUAUAAAAACUGUGUAUAUCAUAUACUUAAAUAUCUAAAUUGUCUGGAGCUGGGCUAAUUUGAACAAAAGUGACGUGGUGCAAGGUUAAUUUGUAGAGCCUUGACAAGAAAUAUAAAAAAAAGUAAAUUAAUUUAUUUUAAUAAAGUUAACAUUUCAAUUAUACAAAACAUUGUUAGUGAAUCAAGUAGCAAAACAUAUUGCUUCACAAAUUUAUAAUAUGUUAUUUGGGAUGUAAUUUUGUUUAAUUUCCUGACAUGUUUUAUUGCAAAUUCCUUGGUGAUAUAAUUUAGCCUUUUGCCAUAUUUGUAUUCAAUAGAUAAAAUGAUUAAGGAGGUGAUUCAUUGUUGAUUAGUCCUAAAUUUAAAAUUUCUUUUUUUCAAUCUUGAGAAAUAUUUUUUUACAGAUGAUAACAAUAUAAUUUUCUUUAUAGUUAAGUUUGAAUUGUAAGCUAAUUUUUAUUUUUAAAAUAAUAUAUUUGGGUUUUAAAAAAAAUCAAUCAGAUUUGCUAGAUCUUCAGAAAUGCAGGACCUAGUUAUGCUGGGGUCCACUUCCAACUGUCUCUAAUCUGAAGUUGUAUAAUUCACUAUGUAUUGAGCCUUGUUAAUUUUCUUUUCAUCUCAUAAACUGGACAUUUUUUCUAUAGUUCAGAUUAACUUUUUAAUUGCUUUAAAUAAUGGCACAAUUAGUAUUUUGUAAAUUUAAGAUUUUAUCCUUUUUACUUUCUAAAUUCUAAAGAUAGUAUUGUAUUUUACAAUCGUCAGACAUGGUUUACUUAACCAAUAUGCCAUCAAGUAGUAUGCUAUAUUACUUUAAAUUAAAAUCUUAAUAUUCUGUUUAACUAUUCAUUCUAUUGAUGUGCUCGUAGAACAAUUUUUUUGAUACUCGCAAGACGUUUUGAAUUGUAUCAAAAUAUAAAUCUACAAAUAAUGCUAAUGCUAAAGUUUUUUGCCAUCUUUUACACAUCAUAAUGCAAUUUUAAAUAAUGAACUCCAGUUUCUGUUUUCAUCUGAAUCUUAUUUGAAUUUGUUACAUUUGUAUUUUACCAUGAUUUUCUUAUGAAAUUGUUUUUGAAUAAUUAUCUCUUAAAAUUGCAUCUAUUCUUUCUGAAAAUUGAAAGGGGAAAAAGUACCUGAAAAUAUGCGAUAUUAAAAAUUGUCCUUUUUUCUAAAGCAUUCUGCUAUCAGUCCUUGAAUAAAUUCUGUUGCUCUGUAUUAAAUAAAAAAUUUUAUACAUUUUUA